AUGCUUCCACUAACCAAUUCUCCGCCGCCUGAGUCCACCGCCAAGAUUAAAAAGCCGAAAAUCGCCCCCGGCGAUUUCAUCCGGAGGAAGAAUUCCUUCAGCUCUCUCACCUCGCUCCUCUCCCAUGCCUACUUAUCCCAGCCCCGUUCCUGGAUUCUCCUCUUGCUCUUAUUCAUCCAGAUUCUCCUCCUCCUCACUCUCCGAUCCGUCCCCUUCCAUUUCCACGGCUUCCACCGCCGCCUCCCUGCUUCUCCCAAUCCCGCAGCCGCCGUCUCCGAGCCAGUCGUCAUUACAACAUCAAGGUCCGACUCUGCCGCCGCCGCCGUGGUGGCGGUCGACGAGAACCGCUGCGGGAACGGGUACGUCUACGUUUACGAUCUCCCGAGCAGCUUGAACACCGAAUUGAUCGAGAAUUGCGAGAAAUUGAACCCGUGGAGCUCGAGGUGCGACGCGCUGGCGAACGACGGGUUCGGGCAGCAGGCGGCGGGAGUGUCUGGAGUUGUACCGGAGGAUUUGGUCCCGGCGUGGUUCUGGACCGAUCAAUUCGUGUCGGAGAUUGUUUUUCACAACAGGAUGAUGAAGCACAAGUGCCGGACCACCGAGCCGAGCAAUGCGACGGCGUUUUACAUCCCGUUCUAUGCCGGACUUGCAGUGGGGAGGUUCCUGUGGCAGAAUUUCAGCGCCAAGGACAGGGAUCGGCACUGCGAGGCGAUGCUGAGCUGGGUACAAUCCCAGCCGCAGUUUCAGAGAUCCAACGGCUGGGAUCACUUCAUCACAAUGGGGCGGAUCACGUGGGACUUCCGCCGCUCCAGCGACCAAGACUGGGGGUCGAGCUGCAUCUACCUGCCGGGGAUGAGGAACAUCACGCGCCUCCUCAUCGAGCGGAACCCCUGGGACUACUUCGACGUCGGCGUCCCGUACCCGACGGGAUUCCACCCGAGGUCCGACGCCGACGUCAUCCGGUGGCAGCAGUUCGUCCGGGAGCGGAACCGCCCCACGCGCUUCUCCUUCGCCGGCGCCACGCGCCGCUCGUUCAAGAACGACUUCCGCGGCAUCCUCCUCCGCCACUGCCGCGACGAGCCGGACGCGUGCCGGGUCGUGGACUGCGCGGGCUCCCGCUGCGGCAACGGGACCUCGGCGAUCCUCGAAACGUUUCUGGACUCUGAAUUCUGCCUCCAGCCGCGCGGGGACAGCUUCACGCGCCGGUCCAUCUUCGACUGCAUGAUCGCCGGCGCAAUCCCGGUCGUGUUCUGGCGGCGGACGGCGUACUACCAGUACGAGUGGUUCCUCCCCGGCGACCCGAAGAGCUACUCUGUUUUCAUCCACCGCGACGACGUCAAGAACGGGACCUCGAUCAGGAAGGUUCUCGACGGUUACAGCAGGGAGGAGGUGAGGAAGAUGCGAGAGAAGGUGAUCGAGUACAUCCCGAAGCUCGUGUACGCGAGGAACAGCGAUGGGUUGGAGACGAUUAAGGACGCCUUCGACGUCGCCAUUGAUGGGGUGUUGAGGAGGUUUGAGGAGCAGAGGGAGUGGGGGUACAAGUGGUAA